AUUAUUAUUAUUACUACGCGCUCAAACAUCACACUUAAUACUCGCACAUGACAUCACACAAGAGGAGCGGAGAUAAGAAAGGACAAAAAAAAAAAAAAAAAUGAGAAUGGAGGUGAAAAUAUCGGAAUAGAUCUCCACCGUCGCCGCUGAGCUUCUUCAUCCCGGCGUCCGGCGCCGAUGGACCGGCUUCCACUUUGAGGAAUAUCGGCCUUUUUUUCCCCCCCAAAGUGGACUUUUCUAUCCUUUUCUUCCACCUUUAAGUUGACCGGAGCGGUGAGGUCCGCAACAACCAUGGCCGUCUUGUGGCUGUCCACACUUGCCCCCAUCUUUCUGGCUUUCGUCUCCAAACCGUCGCUCGGCUGUCCCUCCAGUUGCCGCUGUUACAGUCUCACGGUGGAGUGCGGCUCUCUUGGAGUCAAAGGAAUCCCCCAGGAUGUCCCUUCCUUCACUGAGACCUUGUUCCUCCAGGACAAUGCUAUCGUACAGAUCCGUCUCCAGGACCUGACCCGCCUGGGUAGCCUCCAUUACCUGUACCUCCAAAACAACAGCAUUUCGGCUCUGGAGCCAGGAGCCUUUCUCAGCCAGCGCCAGCUCCUUGAGCUCGCCCUCAACGGAAACCUCAUACAUCUGGUUACCCCGGGCAUGUUCCGAGGUCUUGAGCACCUUCGGAUCCUCUACCUUGCGGGGAAUCAGAUCACCCGAGUGCAGGACAACACCUUCCGGGGGUUGCAGCGCCUUCAGGAACUCCACUUGCAGGAAAACAGCAUAGAGCUGCUGGCGGACAAAGCCCUGUCCGGAUUGUCGUCUCUGGCUCUUCUGGAUCUCAGCAGAAACAAUCUCCAUACCUUGGGAGCCUCGUCGCUCAAACCACUCGUCAGCCUGCAGGUGCUCCGAGUCACAGAGAAUCCUUGGCGUUGUGACUGUGCUCUUGGCUGGCUGAGGACAUGGAUCGGCGAGGACGGGCAGCGGCUGCUGAGCACGGCGGAGCAGCGCCGGCUGAUGUGUUCGGAGCCACCCCGCCUCUCCCACCUCAGCCUGGGGGAGGUGGCUCCGAACAGCCUGGUGUGCAUCCCCCCAGUUGUGCAGCUUGAGCCCAGCCAUCUAACCGUCCGACUUGGGGAGAGCCUGAGAGUCUCCUGUGAAGCCUCUGGGUACCCUCAGCCUCAGGUGACCUGGAAAAAGUCUUCGAACGGUAAGGCCCAGUUGUCCCCUCGAGGCUUAGUUCAAGAAACGGGUCCCAAUGGCGAGCUUUUCCGGCCUGGCGUUAGAGGAGUUGUCACAGCCCUACCCAGCAGUGGGGCGAUGAAGAUUGGAGAAGUCAACGGGGUUGUGCGUGGGACUGAGGAGGGCGGUGAAAGGGACAGCUUUGACCCGGACUUGGGCAGCGGAAUGCUCUUCCUUAGCAAUGUGACGGUGGCACAUGCUGGUCGCUAUGAGUGUGAAGCAUGGAACCCUGGUGGUGUGGCCAGGGUCACCUUUCACUUAGCCGUCAACAUGUCCUCUUCCUCAUAUCCAUCCCAAUUCUGGCCUCAAUUAAACACCCACUCGUUGGUUUCUUCUUCGUCUAAAUCCUUCCCCCAGCCAGAGGUGGCGGAUGUUAGCCAGGAGCCACUUUACGAGCAAGACAGCAUGGACUUCAGCGCUCUUGGCCCAGCCACGCAAACCGUCAUCGCGGUCGGCAUCUCCUUACUGGCGCUGACUGCUAUCCUCCUGCUGAUUAUGAUCUACACCCGACACCAGCAGUACCAUAAAGAGGACGCGGGGUCCUACUGCACGAGCAAAGAGGAAAGCAUCAUCUAUGUGAACGAUUACUCCGACGGACCCACAACUUUUGCACAGCUGGAGGAGUACAGCGACGACCACGGCCACGAGAUGUACAUACUUAACCGAGCCGGGCCUGUGGGCACCGCCUCGGUGAGGUGUCCCAUGAUGGGGGGGUAUGUCCAACCGACGGGCAUGAAAGAAGCUCUACUGGACCAUGGAGUGGUUCAGACCCUGUCCAGAUCGGGAGGCAUGGGGGUUCGGAGGAAACCAGGCGAUGGCGGCGAAGGGCCUUUAACAACAGACCCGGAAGAGGUCUUUCUAAGUCAAAGUCUCCUCUUUGGGUCGCAGCUUGCUUACGAAAUCCACUGCUAAAUCUGUUCCAACGCAUAUAAUUGAUCCAAAAUACAAACCCCGUCUUGAAAUGAGUUGAGAAUUUGUGUUUGAUGUAAAUAUAAACGGAAUAGAAUGAUUUGCAAAUCAUUUUCAACCCAUGUUCAGUUGAAUGCGCUACAAAGACAAGAUAUUUGAGGUUCAAACUCAAACUUUAUUACUUAGAAUUUCAUGGCUGCACCACGUGCCAAAGUAGUUGGGAAAGGGCAUGUUCACCACUGUGUUACAUCACAUUUUCUUUUAACAACACAAUAAACGUUUGGGAAGUGAGGAAACUAAUUGUUGAAGCUUUAAAAGUGGAAUUCUUUCCCAUUCUUGUUUUAUGUAGAGCUUCAGUCCUUCAACAGUCCGGGGUCGUAUUUUAGGCUUCAUAAUGCGCCACACAUUUUCCAUGGGAGACAUGUCUGGACUGCAGGCGGGCCAGGAAAGUACACGCACUCUUUUUUUUUACGAAGCCACGCUGUUGUAACACGUGCUGAAUGUGGCUUGGCAUUGUCUUCCUGAAACAAGCAGGGGCGUCCAUGAAACAAAACCUCUAUGUAGGUCUCACUUAGACCUACAUUUCAUAUAUUGACAACUCCCAGCAAAAAUCAACAGGAAGUUUGCAAUUCUCCCUUCAAAAAUCAACAGAUGUGUAAGUUACCCAUGCCUUAGGCACUAAUGCACCCCCAUACCAUCACAGAUGCUGGCUUUUGAACUUUGCGUCGGUAACAGUCUGGAUGGUUCACUUCCCCUUUGGUCCGGGUGACACCAUGUCGAAUAUUUCCAAAAACAAUUUGAAAUGUGGACUCGUCAGACCAUAGAACACUUUUCCACUUUGCAUCAGUCCAUCUUAGAUGAUCUCGGGCCCAGAGAAGCCGGCGGCGUUUCUGGAUGUUGUUGAUAAAUGGCUUUCGCUUUGCAUAGUAGUGAAGUGAAGUGAAUUCUGUUUAUAUAGCGCUUUUCUGUAGUGACUCAAAGCGCUUUACAUAGUGUGGGUGGCACUUUGAGCAGGUGGGUAAAGUGUCUUGCCCAAGGCCACAACGGCAGUGACCGGGCUGGCGGAAGCAGGAAUCAAACCUGGAGCCCUCAGAGCUUUAACUUGCACUUAAAGAUGUAGCGACCAACUGUAGUUAGUGACAGUGGUUUUUCUGAAGUGUUUGAGCCCAUGUGGUGAUAUCCUUUAGAGAUUGAUGUCGGUGCCGUCUGAGGGAUCGAACGUCACGGUCAUUCAGUGUUUUUGAUCCAUCCUUUCUUGUGAAAGACUGAGCAUUUUACGGGAAGCUGUUUUUAUACCCAAUCAUGGCAACCCACCUGUUGCCAAUCAGCCUGCACACCUGUGGGAUGUUCCAAAUAAGUGUUUGAUGAGCAUUUCUCAACUUCUUUGUCACGUGUUGCUGGCAUCAAAUUCUAUUUAUGAGUUUGAACAUGAAAUAUGUUGUCUUUGUAGACUAUUCAACUGAAUAUGGGUUGAAAAGGAUUUGCAAAUCAUUGUAUUCUGUUUAUAUUUACAUCAAACACAAAUUCCCAACUCAUAUGGAAACGGGGUUUGUAUGAAAGGAAAGCAACUGAUGCAACUUAAUCAGACAUUGUGUAAAUAUGACGUCAAUAUUUGGUGUAAAUAUGAAGACAACUUCAACUUUAAACGCUGUGUUUUGUGGCCCUCGUGGUA